GUCUCUGCCUCCCUUACCGCCCUCGCCUGCCCCGCCCUGCCUUCCUUGCGUCGAGGGGCGGCAGCGCGCCGCUCCUCACUCCUCCUCAUUUCCCCCGACGAUUUCUCCCCUGCAAACUCUCCACAUGGACCUUUUGUCUCCAGCUCCGUGAGUGGUUCUGUGAGGAUCUUCCUGUCCUGCGUCUGCAGUCUGACAGAGGUGGUGAGUUCUCCUCCGACCUCUUGCGAGACUUUUGUCGUGGGGAGGGCAUCCUUCAGUCGUUCACGCUUACGGCCUCCCCGCAGAAAAAUGGGGUUGCUGAGUGCCGCAUUGGCUUAGUCAUGGAGCUCAACCUCUGGCCCCGUGUCUCCUUGCCGGAGAUCUCGCCUACACUACGUUGGACGGGGAAGGUUGGCGAUGCGUCGGUGUUCCGGGUCUGGGGCUCUCGUUCCUUUUUCCGCGAUACUUGUGCGGACAAGCUCUCCUCCCGCGCCAUUCCGUGCGUCUUCCUUGGCUCUCCCCCUGACGCGCCUAGCUGGCAGUUUUACCACCCCACCUCACGCCGUGUCCUGCCCUCUCAGGACGUCACGUUUGACGAGUCGGUUCCCUUUUACCGUCUCUUCCCCUACCGCACUACCCCUCUUCCCCCCCCUGCCGCUCUUCCUCGCUCCAGAUCCCCCUCCGGUAGACCCCCUCCCCCCUCAGGGUCCUGCUCCCUGAGGUGCUACAAGGGGUGCUGCGUCUGGGGUGUUGUGUCUGGGGGUGCUGCGUAUGGGGGUGCUGAGCGUGCGAGUGCGGAGCCUGGGGAUGUUGAGCCUGAGGGUGUGGAGCCUGGGGGUGCUUAG